AUGUCAACCGCACUCCGCCCAGUCCUCCGACCAUCACACCUCCCGUCCCUGCCCAUCUCCUCCUCUUCACCUAAAAACACAACAACAUACAUCUGUCAAUCAUGCCGUCACGCACGCCUUCUCCGCCGCCCGCACCGGCCCUAUACCUUCACCCAACUCGUCACGCUAUCCGACGGCAGCGCCUUCACCAUGCGCACCACCUCCCCAUAUCCAGUCUAUCGAUCUACACGUGAUACACGCAAUGCACCGCUGUGGAAUCCCAGCUCGAAAGAGCUGACAAGCGUGGAAGACGACGAGGCGGGCCGACUGGCGAGUUUCCGCGCCAGAUACGGACGAAGCUUUGACGCUUCGAGCACGAGUGCAGCUGAGGAUGAGGUGGAAGUGGAGACCCCGCCCAGAGCAGAUGCGUUUACGGAUGUGAGCGGGCCGCCGGAAGUAACGCCGAAGAGGCGGGAUAAGGAUGCGAAGGGAGUCCAAGAGCUGGAGGAGCUGGCGGGCGGAGGGGUGGUGAACAGGGGAGACGCGCCGACCAAAGUGGCGCUUCCGCCGAAGGUCAAGAAUGAGGAGAUUGAUGAUGGGUGGGACUUUGGGGAUGACGAUUCGAAUAUGUUGGAUUUGAUCAGUAGUUAUGGGCAGGAGAACAUCAAGGCGCCGCCUUCGCCAGUGAAGAAGGGGAAGAAAUGA